CAUUUCCGGAUGUUGCCUCCCCCUUUUUUUUAUUGACAUUUCGCUUAAUUCUAGCUUGCGGGCUACAGGCGUUUUGCAGGGUCAUUAGUUUUUUAUUCGGUGACAUUUAGCACCACGGCUUCUGAACGGAUAGGUGCAUGUUUUGCACAAAAGAGAGGCGUUUGUAGGCGUCAGGUUGUUGGAAAAUUGUAGAGACAACAUUUUUCUUCCUUUGGAUUCCUGACGUUUUGGCUUCCUUUGUCAGCUUGACUUCCGUUUUCAUGUGCAAUCAACAGUGGAAAAAUAGCUAGCUAUCUUGCUAGGAAAACCCUAGCCAAUGUAUUAAGUUGUACUUAGGCAUGAGCAAUAUACGACUUUCUAUCGGCAAAUAAGUCUGCUUUAAGGGUCUCCUUUCCAACGUUGGUUUGUAAGCUAGUUUUCAGGCUAGUUUCCUAACACGGAUGCUAGGUGUCUAGCAAGGAUAGCUAACUUGCUAACAAUACUGCUGCACAUUUCUCACUAUUGUCCGUCGGUACGCUGUUCUAGAAGUGUCGAAAUAUUUGAAUGAGAGGUCGUACAUUUACUGUCCUCUACAUUAUUUUUUGUACUGAGGCCCGAAGAAACUACGUUUUUAGCUAGCCCCAGCUAGCUUAAUUAGUUAAGCAAAACACCAUGUUUCGAUAUUUAAAUGACGUGGAUGACAACCCUUACAUGAUGGAUCCAUUCGCAGCCCAGAGGCAACAGAUGAGGAGUCUGUUUGGGUCGUUUGGCUACGAACCUUUCCCCCUCAGCCCUCAGAUUCAGCCUCCCCGUGCACCCCACCUUCAGGCUGGAGCCCUGCAGCCGUUUGGAAUGAUGGGAAUGGGGGGAGGCUUCAUGGACAUGUUUGGAAUGAUGGGAGGAAUGAUGGAGAACAUGGACAGAAUGUCUGGUUCGCCAAACUGUCAGACGUUCUCUUCCUCCACAGUCAUCUCCUACUCCUCCUCAGACAUGGGAGCCCCUAAAGUCUACCAGCAAACCAGCGAACUGAGGACUGCACCUGGGGGGAUUCGUGAGACGCGCCAAUCGAUGCGUGACAGCGAGAGCGGCUUGGAGCGCCUGGCCAUUGGCCACCACAUCUGGGACCGCGGUCACGUGAUGGAGCGCUCCCGAAACCGGCACACCGGCGACCGCGAAGAACGGCAGGACUACAUAAACCUGGAGGAGAGUGAGGCUGCUGCCUUCGAUGAGGAGUGGAGGAGCACAGCCGGAAGGUACCCUCCCCCAAAUGCACGGGGGAUAGAUUACGGCCGGGACAGGAGGGCAGGUGGGCAACAGUUGGCCCUCGCUGCCCCACCCAGCUCCUCGUCUCCGCCCGCCCCUCGCCAUGAGUCUCCCAGACACCUCCCACCUGCAACUCGCCCCCGUUACGACUGGUGAGAGGGGUCAAGGGUGAAAGGUGAGCAGAAGGAUGGAGGAGAGGAUACCAAGGGGAUCUGCCUGAUGCUGUGAAUGAAGAAGGGUGGAGAGGGUCACGACUGACCGUGAAGAUAUUUGAUAUGAUGGGACUGUCUAUAUAUAAACUAUACAUUUAACACACACACACACACAUCAGAACCCAAUACACUCAAUACCUGCAAUUAUGGUUCAACCUCUCUGCUGUUACCGUUCACAUACACAUGUGCGGACACACAUGUACACACAUGAUUACACACACUCAAGUUGUAUAUAGAGCCACCCUCCAACUUUACAUGCGUUAAUUGCCCACCUCACUAUAUAAAUAUAUAUACAUUGCCACACUACAUACUACACAUGUGCUGUACAGUCCAUAUAUGUUUGUGUAGACACUAGUGUGUCUGUGAAUUUAAUUGUAUACUGUUGACUAAUUAAACUAAUUAAUGAAAACAAACAUUAAACAUUGUUAGAUAAUUGCA